GGCCAGUGGCAGCUGCAGAGAUCGAGGUCCGGGCAGCGCGGAGGAAGCGGUCGGAGCCGGAGAACAGAACCACGAUUGAGACGCACUGCAAACCAGGGGCCAAAAUGACAGACUCCAAGUACUUCACCACCACAAAGAAAGGGGAGAUCUUUGAGUUGAAGGCAGAGUUGAACAGCGACAAGAAGGAGAAGAAGAAAGAGGCUGUGAAGAAGGUGAUCGCAUCCAUGACCGUUGGCAAAGAUGUCAGUGCGCUCUUCCCAGAUGUUGUGAACUGUAUGCAGACCGAUAACCUAGAGCUGAAGAAGCUGGUCUACCUGUACCUGAUGAAUUAUGCCAAGAGCCAGCCAGACAUGGCCAUUAUGGCUGUCAACACCUUCGUAAAGGACUGUGAGGAUCCCAACCCUCUGAUCCGGGCUCUGGCUGUGCGGACAAUGGGCUGCAUCCGGGUGGAUAAGAUAACCGAGUAUCUCUGUGAGCCCCUGAGGAAGUGUCUGAAGGACGAGGACCCUUACGUGCGUAAGACAGCAGCAGUCUGCGUGGCAAAGCUUCACGACAUCAAUGCCCAGCUUGUGGAGGACCAAGGUUUCCUGGACACAUUGAAGGACCUCAUCUCGGAUUCCAACCCUAUGGUGGUGGCUAAUGCGGUAGCAGCCCUUUCGGAAAUAGCAGAGUCUCACCCAAGCAGUAACCUGCUGGACCUGAACCCCCAGUCUAUUAACAAGCUGCUGACUGCCCUGAAUGAGUGCACGGAGUGGGGCCAGAUCUUCAUCCUGGACUGUCUGGCUAACUACAUGCCCAAGGAUGACCGGGAGGCCCAGAGCAUCUGUGAACGGGUGACGCCCCGGCUGUCCCAUGCCAACUCUGCCGUGGUCCUGUCAGCAGUGAAAGUGCUGAUGAAGUUCAUGGAGAUGCUGUCGAAGGACCUGGAUUAUUAUGGCACCCUGCUGAAGAAAUUGGCUCCUCCUCUGGUCACACUGCUCUCGGCAGAGCCUGAGCUGCAGUAUGUGGCUCUCCGCAACAUCAACCUCAUCGUGCAGAAGAGGCCUGAAAUCCUGAAGCAUGAGAUGAAAGUGUUUUUUGUGAAGUACAAUGACCCCAUCUACGUUAAACUGGAGAAACUGGACAUCAUGAUCCGCCUGGCUUCCCAGGCCAACAUUGCUCAGGUGCUUGCUGAACUGAAGGAGUACGCGACAGAAGUGGAUGUGGACUUUGUGAGGAAGGCAGUCCGAGCCAUUGGCCGCUGUGCCAUCAAGGUUGAGCAAUCAGCAGAGCGCUGCGUCAGCACGCUGCUCGACCUCAUCCAGACCAAAGUCAACUAUGUGGUGCAAGAAGCCAUUGUGGUCAUUAAGGACAUCUUCCGCAAGUACCCCAACAAGUACGAGAGCGUGAUUGCCACCCUGUGUGAGAAUCUGGACUCUCUUGACGAGCCUGAGGCCCGGGCUGCCAUGAUUUGGAUUGUGGGAGAAUACGCGGAGCGAAUUGACAACGCGGAUGAGCUGCUGGAGAGCUUUCUGGAGGGCUUCCAUGAUGAGAGCACCCAGGUCCAGCUGCAGCUGCUGACUGCCAUUGUGAAGCUCUUCCUAAAGAAGCCCACUGAGACCCAGGAGCUGGUGCAGCAGGUGCUGAGCCUGGCUACUCAGGACUCUGAUAAUCCGGACCUGCGGGACCGUGGCUACAUCUACUGGCGUCUGCUCUCCACUGAUCCUGUAGCUGCCAAGGAAGUGGUGCUUGCGGAGAAGCCCCUCAUCUCCGAGGAGACGGACCUGAUUGAGCCGACCCUGCUGGAUGAGCUGAUCUGUUACAUUGGCACGCUGGCCUCUGUCUAUCAUAAGCCUCCCAGUGCCUUCGUGGAGGGGAGCAGAGGCAUUGUGCAUAAGAGCUUGCCUCCGCGGACAGGGUCGAGCGAAAGUGCAGAGAGCCCUGACGCAGCCCCAUCAGGAGCCCCACCUUCAGAGCAACCAGCUGUCAUCCCAACUCAGGGUGACCUCCUUGGUGACCUCCUGAACCUUGACCUGGGCCCCCCAGUGAGCGGACCUCCUGUUGCUACAUCCUCUGUGCAGAUGGGGGCUGUGGAUCUUCUUGGAGGUGGCUUGGACAGCUUGAUGGGGGAUGAGUCUGAAGGGAUGGGUGGCACCGGCUUUACAGCUCCCAGCGCAGUGAUGCCUGCAAACCUCGGGCCACCCCCCAGUGGUGGCUUGGGAGACCUCUUUGAUCUGGCCGGUGGAGUGGGCACACUGUCAGGAUCCCACGUAGCACCCAAAACAGUCUGGCUCCCAGCCAUGAAGGCCAAGGGCCUGGAGAUUUCUGGCACGUUCAGCCGCCAGGUGGGCGCCAUCUCCAUGGAUCUCUUACUAACUAACAAGGCCUUGCAGGUCAUGUCUGACUUUGCCAUCCAGUUCAACCGUAACAGCUUCGGCCUGGCGCCAGCUGCUCCUCUUCAGAUCCAUGCCCCUCUUGCUCCCAACCAGACUGUGGAGAUCUCCCUCCCUCUGAACACAGUUGGCUCUGUCAUGAAGAUGGAUCCUCUUAACAACCUCCAGGUUGCAGUGAAGAACAACAUUGAUGUGUUCUACUUCAGCACCUUGUACCCACUGCACAUCCUCUUUGUGGAAGAUGGGAAGAUGGAGCGGCAGAUGUUCCUGGCCACCUGGAAGGACAUUCCAAAUGAGAAUGAAGCCCAGUUCCAGAUCAAAGAUUGUCCUCUCAGUGCAGAUGCUGUUAGCAGCAAGCUUCAAGGCAGCAACAUCUUCACCGUAGCCAAGAGGAACGUAGAGGGCCAAGACAUGCUGUACCAGUCUCUCAAACUGACCAAUGGGAUCUGGGUCCUGGCAGAGCUACGAAUCCAACCCGGCAGUCCCAGUUUCACGGAUUUGGAGCUGUCUCUGAAGUGCCGAGCGCCCGAGGUAUCCCAGUAUGUUUACCAAGCAUAUGAAACCAUUCUGAAGAACUGAGGCACCCACCUCAUCCUUCUCUC